GCCAAACAUCAUCUCUAAACCACCAACAACGAAGGAACAGGGACUUCAGUGGUGGGUACUGAUCGGCGUCCUGAGGACGGCACUUGGCAACUCCAUCUGAACGUUCCAGGUAACAUCGAGCAACUGCAUCUGAACCUUCCGAGUUCCGACGAACAUCGAGCGGAAGAAGCCGCCUCCACCUCUUCCUUUCAAUAUUUUCCUACAUAACACAGUACUCCUUCAGAUAUGAAGAUCUGAGAAUGACUGCCCACCCAAAAUAUUUUUGAGGCAAGCCACUGCUCUCAAGCCUAAUUCACCUCCGAAAGCAAAAAAACCUUUGUUUCCUGUUAGAUACUUGGAAGAUGUGGAGCGUUGCAUCUCUCCUACAUAUCCUUCAACAAACGGAUUGACAACCCAAGUACCUCAUGCUUAUCUCUUCUGUCUUUGUUGUCUUCCUCAUCUGAACGAGCCUCAGUCCCAAGUGUCCAACUGAGAGGCCAAAGAGAAGCAGCUGAGGGAAGAGGGCAGGAAAAGCAGGUGCUGAGCGGGUGCAAAAAGGCAAGGAGAGCAUGUGGUGGCUAGAAGAAUUAAUAUUGUUGAUGUCUCUGUUUACACUUUUUUGGCUUUGUGGAGCCAGUUUAAGACUUACUAAAAGAUCCAACCGAUCGGAUUUUGAGGCACCUUCUUCAUCAGAGGAGGAUGAAGCUGAACCUUCUUCACCGUCCUCACCACCACUGAGGGAAGAUGGUUUCCAGUAUGAUGUGUUUCUAAGCUUUAGGGGACCGGACACUCGCAAGGGCUUCACCAGCCAUCUCUAUCAAGCAUUGCAAGACAAGGGCAUCCACACUUUCAUGGAUAGUAAGAAGUUGAAGAAGGGACAGAAGGUGAAGGAGCUAUUUGGGUACAUAGAGAGAUCCAAAAUAUUUGUGCCCAUCUUCUCCAAAGGCUAUGCCGAUUCAGAGUGGUGUUUGAAAGAAAUAACCAAUAUGGUGGAGUGUAAGAGGCUCAUCAUACCAGUCUUCUUUAAUGUCGAACCAAGAGACGUCCGUGGUCAAUCUGGCCCUUUCGCACCUGCAUUCAGAAGAUAUCUUGAAAAUAGUAUGACAAACAAGGAGGAGGUGAGAAAAUGGAAAAAUGCUUUGAUCGAAGCAGGAGAAGUCUCAGGGUAUACAUUGGCCAAUACCUGUGUAGACGAGGCAGCUCAGAUAAAAAACAUCGUGGCUAAGAUCUUGACUGAGGUAAACAGGGCCCCUCUAUUUAUUGGAACUACACAUCCAAUAGGUCUAGAUUCUCGCACUGCAGAGUUGGUGGAGGUGCUGGAGGUUGAAGACCAAAAUGUUGUCAAAAUGGUUGGGAUCCAUGGAAUGGGUGGGAUCGGCAAGACGACUCUUGCCAGGGCUGUCUACAACCAAAUCAGUCCACAUUUUGAUGCUUCUAGCUUCAUUUCAGACGUUAGAGAAGAAACAAAACAGUCCAAACUCGUUUCCCUCCAAGAAAAGCUGCUUCGGGAUGUUUUCAAAGAUGAAAAAGUGAAAGUAAAUGACACUGCCCAUGGAACUGGCAUGAUCAUGGAGCGAAUUAAGAGUAAGAAGGUUCUGCUAGUUUUUGACGAUGUUGAUAGCGAAUCACAGCUCGAUGCAAUGGUCGGCAGCGUGGAUCAGUUUCGGCCUGGGUCAAGAAUCAUCAUUACUACUAGAGAUAUGCAGGUGUUGAUUGAGCCACCUACACUAAGAGUGAAAAAAGUGUACGAGAUUAAGAAGCUCGAUAUUGCCCAAUCGCUUCAGCUUUUCAGUUGGCAUGCAUUUGGGAAAGAGGAGCCACCCGCUGAACUUGCAAAGUUAUCAGAGGAAGUUGCAGCUACUGCUGCCGGGCUGCCACUAGCCCUCAAAAUAUUCGGUAGACAUUUCUUGUACCAGAAAACAGAUAAACAACGAGAAGCCAUGUUGGAAAAGUUGAAGAAAGAUCAACACAAAGAUAUCCAUGAGAUGUUGAAGAUAAGUUUCGAUGCCCUUGAAAAAGAAGAAAAAAUUAUAUUUUUGGACAUAGCAUGCUUCUUUAUCGGUCAAAAAAGAAAUUUUGCAACUUUCAUUUGGAAAGAACGCGGGUUCUUCCCAGACCUAACAAUCGAAGUCUUAAUGCACAAGUGUCUAGUCAAUAUAAAUGAACAUACAGGAGCGUUUGAAAUGCAUGACCAUAUUCGAGACAUGGGAAGAAAAAUUGUGGAAGAUGAAAGCCCAAAUCUAGAAACCGUAGCAGGUUGUGGCAGAAAGAUGACAUUAAUUGUCAUCAAAUUUGUAAUGCAGGGAACAAAAAAAAUUGAAGCCAUCAAUCUCUCUUGUGAAAAGCAUUCAACACCAAAUGUGGACGUAAAGUCAUUUGCGGGAAUGUCUAAGCUUAAAAUGCUUCAGUUGUAUAAGGUGAGAUUGGAAGAUGAAUAUAGAGAUUUUCCUAGGACCCUCAGAUGGUUGAGUUGGAAUUCAAAGGACUUGCAUUGCCUUCCUGACGAGCUUUCUCUUGAGGAUAUUGUGGUUCUCGACUUAUGUUGGCCUUCUAUGGAUCAAGUAUGGUGCCACAAAAUAUCUGGAUCCACCAAGGUCUUUAGCCAAUUAAAAGUACUAAGUCUCAGAGAAUGUAGAAGCCUCACCAUCUGUCCAGAUUUUACGGGCAUGCCACAUUUAGAGGAAUUGCACUUUCAAGCUUGUUAUGCGUUGACUGAACUUCAUCCAUCCAUUUGGGGAUUGACCUCACUCCAAGUGCUUGACCUCACUCAAUGCUCUAAAAUUACAGCUUUGCCAUCGCAACCAAGUGAUUCUCAGCCAUUGAAGCAGCCCUUGCUUGGCCGAUUAAAAGUCUUAAAUCUCUCUUGCUAUAAGCUUACCACCUGUCCAGAUUUUUCGUGCAUGCCAUAUAUAGAGGAAUUGGAUUUUGGUAGUUGUGCAAAUAUGACUGAACUUCAUCCAUCUAUUUGGAAUCUCAAACGGCUAGCUCGCUUGUCUUUGAGGGGCUGUCAUUCACUCGAAGAAGGGUUUGAACAAGUUUGGCAACUGGCGUCGCUCGAAAAACUUGGCAUCAGUUUCUGCUAUAGAAUUACAUUCCCGUCGAGGGAUUCCAGUUCAUUAAAUCAGCUCUUGGGCAAAUUGAAAAUCCUACAUCUUCCUCAUUGUUGGAACCUCACCAUCAGUCCAAAUUUUAUGGGGAUGCCUCAUCUAGAGGAAUUGGAUUUUGACGGUUGCGUGUUGUUGAAGGAACUUGAUCCAUCCAUUGGGCAUCUGAAGAGACUGACUCACUUGUCUUUGGAGAGUUGCCGCUCACUCAAGGAACUGCCUGUAGAGGUUUGGCAGUUGACAUCGCUUGAGGAGCUUGACCUCAGUAUGUGCUAUCGAAUUACAGCUUUGCCAUCACAGUUGAAGCAGCCCAUGCUCGGCAAACUAAAAGUAAUGAAUCUUUGUUCCUGCAAGAACCUUACAAUCUGUCCAGAUUUUACGUGCAUGCCACAAAUGGAGAAAUUGGAUUUUAGUUAUUGUGAGGAGUUGACUGAACUUGAUCCAUCUAUUGGGCAUCUCAAGAGCUUGACUUACUUGUCUUUGAAAAAAUGCAAAUCACUAAAGGCACUGCCUAAAGAAGUUUGGCAACUGACCUCUAUCAAAAUGCUUGAGCUCAAUGGUUGUUAUCAACUUACAACUUUUCCUCUGUUCUCGGAUUCGAAGUCAUUAGAUUCGGUGGAUUCAAUGCCGCUAAAGCUGCCCUUGCUUGACAAGGUGAAAGUACUAAGUCUUGAUAAUUGUCAGAACCUCCUCACGAGUCCAGAUUUUACGAGAAUUCCACAUCUAGAGAAAUUAGAUUUUAAAGCUUGCGGUAAUAUGACUGAACUUCAUCCAUCUAUUGGGCGUCUGGAGAGCUUGACUCACUUGAAUUUGAGUGGAUGUGGAUCACUAAAAGAACUGCCUGAAGAAGCUUGGCAGUUGACCUCACUCGAAAAUCUAUACCUCCGUCAUUGCUGUAAAUUUGCAACUUUGCCAUCACAAUUAGGAAACUCAGGGCGACUGAAGCAGCUCUUCCUUGAUGGCACCAUCAUAACAGCUUUGCCUGAAUCCAUGAGACACUUGAAGCAACUGAAGCAUUUGUCUCUCAACGAGUGUCGCUUGUUGAAAGAAAUACCUGAAGGGAUUCGUUCAUGUAUCAGUCUUGAAACACUUUCAGCUGGAAACUGUGUAAGUCUUGCAUCUUUUCCCAACGUGCUUGGCGACCUGAGGAGUUUGUGGAAUCUUAAUUUGAGUGGGACAGCUAUUGAAGAAUUACCGAGCUCCAUUCACUCACUACCGGAAUUUAGGGAGCUAUCAAUUACUGGUUGCAAACGGCUUAAAUUCUUGCCUCAGUUACCCCGUUCUGUCCACAGACUAGAAGCUAAAAAUUGUGUAAGUCUUGCAUCUUUUACCAACGUGCUUGGCGACCUGAGGAGUUUGCGCUAUCUUGACUUGAGUUGGACAGCUACUGAAGAAUUAUCGAGCUCCAUUCACUCACCAACGCGACUUACCCAACUAUCAAUUAUUGGUUGCAAAAGGCUUAAAUUCUUGCCUCAGUUACCCCAUUCUCUCAGAAGAGUUUAUGCAGCAGAUUGCGAUGAAAUGGAAGAGAUAGCAGAUGUUUCAAAGGCAAUUGAAUUACGGGAAUUGGACCUGACCGGCUGCCAAAAGCUUGUGGAUGUUCCUGGUGUUGAGCAGUUGAGACGUUUAAAGAAACUGAAGCUUGGAGGAUGUAGAAGCCUUUCCAACUCUUUCAAGAAAAGAGUACAGGAGGCAGAUUUUCCAAAUUUGGAGGAGGAGUUGACCAUCCCUGGAAGCAUGGAAGAAUCACUCAAGUAGUGGGCAUUUGGCCGCUUGGGUUGGGCUGGAUCCCCUCCAUGGGGAGGAUCCAAAUCCAAGUGAAGAAGAAAUCUUUACGGAGGUCGAUGAUUUAGAUUGGGAUUGAUUUUUGGAAGUGGUGGGUGUUGUCCCACUUAUUUGAGGUAACAAGAGAGGUUGUUAGAGAGAUCAAAAAGCUUUCAUUUCUUGUUUGAGUUUUUUACUUUUCUUUUUUUUUUUUUCUUUUUUUCUGCUUCGUAAAUAUUGGAGCAAGUGACAAAAGGAUUUUUGAUGGGAUAUAUAUAUAUGCUGUAUCGCUGUUAAGAUGUAGACGUAAAUAUUCACAAAUUUGUCUAAAAAGUGUUUGGAGAUGAAGAUCAUGGAAGAGGGCAGGGAAUCGAUCCAUUUAAGAAAGAAUCAUUGAGCUAAA